AUGAUUAAAAUCCUUCCUGCAACUUCUGAUUCUAAUUUGAGAUUUCAACAUCUCGAUAAACGAAAUAUUUUCUCGAAUACCAAAAACACUGAAUUGUUACCACUAUCAACAGUCGACGGAAAACAAUUUAUGAUACCAAAUGGAAAUGACUAUGAAACAAAACUUGAAUCACUCCUUGAAUAUGUUAAACAAACACUAAUUGUUGAGAGACCACAUAGCGAAGUAGUAAUUCGUGCAGCUGGUUUUACUUACGUCAGAAAUUCUGAUGAUUCUGUACGAUGUUCUGACUGUAAAUUUGAAAUAGCUGAUUUAACAAAGUUAAUUAGUCCAUUCGAGGAACAUAAAAGGCAGCGUCCAUCAUGUCCAUUUGUGAGAGGAAUAACAAGUAUAGACGAGCUGAAUGAAAUAAAAUCAAAUCCAUCAACAUUACGCGUUGGACUCAAGCCAAAAAUAUUGCAAAAGACUGAUACAUCAACAUGUGUCAUAGAUGCAACAACACAAGAAAGCAUUAAUAAAGGAAAAAAACAACAGGAAGAAGAACAACAUCCUAUUUCGUCAACCACUAUUUCACGAGACUUUGCUGAAGUUGAAACAAUUCGACACGUUCGUAAACGCACGUAUUCUCAUUGGCCGCAUCGAAUACCGUCUCGAAAUCAAAUGGUUGAAGCCGGAUUUUUUAAUUGUAACGUUGGCGAUCGUGUCAUAUGUAUUUAUUGUCAUGCUAUUUGUCAACAAUGGACGCAUAAUGAUGAUCCUAUUGAAAUUCAUAAAGUGUUGUCUCCACAUUGCCCGUAUGUUAAAUCAGUUAUAAGAGAAAAUACUUCAGCAAAUAAUAUUCAAAUUGUGAAUGAAACAAGUCGUCUAGCGUCUCAAACAGUUUCAGUCAGUGGUACAAGUGGCCCAACAAAUAAUAAUAAUAACAAUGACGUUUGGCGACGUGAUGAAAUUGUUUUAACAGCAGCAUGGAAUAUCGCUUACACAGAAAUUCCAAAACGAUAUGCUACUUUCGCCACGUGGCCAAAUGAACCAUUGCCACCAGUUGAUGAUUUAGUGAAGUCUGGCUUCUAUUAUACGGGAACAAAAGCAAUUGUCACAUGUUUUUACUGCAAUGGUUCGUUACAAAACUGGGGACAAAAUGAUAAUCCAAUGAUUGAACAUGCUCGCUGGUUUCCACACUGUGCAUACGCAAGACAAUUGUGUGGCGAUGACCUCUAUCGAAGAAUUCAAGAAUCUAAACAAGCUUCACAGGAGCGAGCUCGGACAAACGAACAACAACAAUCAUCGGUAUCAUUAAGAGAGGUCUUUACGUCAAAUAACGACGAAAAUUUGAACAAUACUAAUCAUUCUUCAACAAUUUCAUCUCUUCCCAAUAACCGACAAUUAGCGAUAACAGAUGCAAAUACAUUAUCAAGAUUAGUGGCUGCUCGGUUAGAUUUAUCAGUAUCGCAAACUUUGUUGAGUAAAAAUUUUAAACUAUCAGUUAUAAAACGUUGUUAUGAGGAUCAAUUGCGUUUGAAACACGAUGAUUUUGCAAGUGAUUGUGAUUUACUAUUAGCAUGCACAAUACUUCAAAAGCAAAUUGAUCAUAUCGAUGGCAAGAAAGAAAAUAUCAUUGUACCAAGUGUACAUAUGAAAAAAUUACGUGAACAAGCGGAGAAAAAAGGAAGAGAGAGAGGACAAGCUGAACCAACUGCAUGUUUACUCAACUCUUCAGCAACGAUAUUAUCAUCGACCUCGUCUUCUUCAACGACAGAUGACGCUGACAUGACUUCAUUAACAAACGAAUCGUGCGCAUCAACUUGUUCGACAUCAUCAAUGGAAUCAAAUGUUUCUAAAACGAAGGAUGAAACACCCAAACCAAAACAACAGCAAAACCAGCAACAAUCAGUUGUAUCAAAUGCGUGUAUUUUGUGUAUAUUGAAAAGAAGAAAAAUAACAAUGCCGCGAUAUCUAUUAUAUUUUGCUCAUGAAUUGGUUGAUUUUCGAUUAGCAGAAUUAUUUAGUUUGGCUGAAAUGUUUGGUUUUCGUGACACUAUGUCGAUUGAUCGAGUGCCUGAAGAGGAUCCAUUUCUGCUAUGUAGUUUUCAGAAAACUGAUCAUGUUAGACAAUAUUCUUCUCGAUCAGUACUAUUGAAAUCUGCAUAUGAAUAUUGGGCAAAUGCUUCGUCCUUGUAUGAUAUGAUUGAUAAUUUAAAACCAUUAUCAGAUUGUCGUCCAUUACCAUCUGAUACAUUUCGAGUACAGAUUCAUGUGUUCAAGAGACAACUUACUCAACUAGAAAAAAUUGAAAGAAUUGAGGCAUUCACUGAUUCAUUAAAAAUGACAAAUAAAUUUUGUUUAAGUGAUAAAGCCGAUUGUACAAUUGGACUAUUUGAAAGUUAUGAACAUGGACAUAAACAACCAAAACAGGUCUUCUGUGGUAAAUGGCUUUGUAAUGGUGCAAGAGAUUUAGCUGAAAAAUUUGACGUUAAAAAACGAUAUUUUAUUGGCAAUACAACCAUGAAUCCUACUUUAGCAUUUAUCAUGGCUAAUUUUGCUCAAUGUCAACCAGCUCAAUUAGUUUUAGAUCCAUUUGUUGGCACAGGAGGUAUUCUUUUGUCGUGUGCUCAAUUUGGUUCGCACGUGAUAGGCAGUGAACUUGAUUGGAAAACAUUAACAGCGAAAGGAAUUUCUUCAAGAGUUGGAGCGGGCAGACGAAAAGCAGAUGAAAUGAUGUAUCAAAAUUUUUUAAAUUAUCAAAUAGCUGAUCGUUUCAUUGGUGCCGUAGGAGCAGAUUUUGCCUUCUCACCAUGGAGAAAAGAUUUUAAAUUUGAUGCAAUUGUUACUGAUCCACCCUACGGCAUACGGGAAUCAGCUCAACGUAUUAGCGGUGCUAAAGAUGAAGUGAAUGAUGAAACACUGGUUGAUGGUCAUGUGCAACGAAAAACAAAAUAUAAUCUGACAACAAUAUAUGAAGAUUUAUUAAAUUUUGCUAAUAAUUAUCUUCGAUUGAAUGGAAGACUCGUCUUUUGGAUGCCAACACAUGUAGCCACAUAUGAUGAAAGUCUUAUACCAGAACACCCUUCGUUCAAACUAGUAACAAAUUGUGAACAAGUAUUACAUUUGUCAGUUAGCCGUCGUUUACUGACUAUGAUCAAAGUACGCGAAAGUUCAGAAAAUGAAAAGGCACAUGUGAAUGAACGGUUAUUUAAUAGUUUUCGUGAACUUUAUUUUACUCCUUACGAUAAAAUAUGGCAACAAAUGAAUUCAAACACAACAUUAAAAGAAAAUGUUAAUGAAUGA